GCGGCACUGGCGGCCCCGCGAGAGCCCUUCCCGCCGCCCGCCCUCGUCCGACACCCCGGAGCCCCUCCCGAGCUCCCCAAGAGCGGGUCCCUCCAUCUGGGUGACGGCGGCAAUGGACGCGGGGAGGGUGUCGGCCCCCCGAGACCCUUCUGACCCCUCACAUCCCCGGGACUCCCCGCUGCCCGAGGGUCCCCCCACAGCCCAUCCCGGCCAGGCCCGGCCACGCCGGAAGCCCUUCAGGCCCCCCGUGGGGGGACCGAGCCCCCUGAAGGAGCUGCUGGGGCCGCAGGGGGCUGGGGUGCGCCCCACAAUCUGCGGGGAGUGCGGGAAGGGCUUCAGCCGGAGCUCGGACCUGGCGCGGCACCGCAUCACCCACACCGGGGAGCGCCCCUUCACCUGCAGUGCCUGCGGGAAGGGCUUCAGCCAGAAUUCCAACCUGGCCACACACCAGCGCAUCCACACCGGGGAGAAGCCCUUCGGCUGCCGGGACUGCGGGAAGCGCUUCGGGGAGGGCUCGGCGCUGGUACAGCACCGGCGGACGCACACCGGGGAGCGGCCGUACCGGUGCGGGGAAUGCGGGAAGAGCUUCAGCGUCAGCUCCAACCUGCGGCGGCACCGCCGUACCCACGGCCGAGAGCGGCCCCACCUCUGCCCCGAGUGCGGGGACACUUUCUGGAACCCCGGCCAGCUCCGGAGGCACCGCAGGGAGCACGUGGUGUGAAGCGGGGUGGGCAUGGGGACAGGGACACCU